GUGUCCAUGCUGGAGGAGUCCCUCAACCGGGCAUACGACAGCGCGUCGAUGCUUGGGAUGCAGGCAGAUUCCUGGCGAGGCUGCUUACGCCAAGCCAAGGUGGCUGCCGAUGCAGCGGAGACCGGUCGCCAAAGUGCCGGCGAGGCGCUGUCCACGUUCUCCUCUCAAUUAGAGGAUGCUUGUGCUCGGCUGUCUCCCGAGAUCGAAGGCGAUGGCGGCACUGGGGGACCCGAGGCUCUGCGAUGGGAGUUGCAGCACCGUGAGGCCGAACUCAUCGCGGAGCCAUUGCUCGGUGAAGGCCCCGGCGACGUCGCGAGGGCCCAAGCGGACCUGGAAGCACUCGGUGAGGAACGCAUGUCCCUUGCACGUCGACUCGCAGAGCAGGGUGAGGCUCUCCAACAUUGGACGUCGGAGUUAGAGUCUUCCAAGUCUGCUCUUGCUCGCGAUGCCUCUGCAGCGAUGCGCGCGGCAGAGAGCCAGCGCCAGCGCGAGGCACUACAGGAGGAGAUCCGCAUGGGGCAAGACAAGGCGCGGAUCCUGGAUGAUCAGCUGAGAUACGCCACAGAGGCUCUGUCUGCGCGAGCAGCAGCAGCAGAAAGCGCUCAGAAGAGGCCCAUGCAGCCUCUUCCGCAGCUGUGCGAAGGGCUUCAGGUCUGGCUCUCUGUGAACCAGGCGCAAAAAGAUUGCGAGGAGCAGCUCCUGGAGGCAAACCAAGCCCUGCGGUCAGCGGCUUCGGAGCUGAAGCAGGAACGGCGCUGCCGGCAGCAACUGCGCGGCGUCAUCCGCGACUUGGCCAUGCGAUUGCAGGACUUCGAUGCGCAGCUUGAGCAGCUUUCUCACCACGACGUCGGAAUGGAGGACGAGGAGGAAACCGCAGCGUGA